UCCCCUUUGCCUGGAGGAGUUGAGCUGUCAGCAGACCACUUUGGUCACAGAUGAAAGAAGUAGAUGUCCCAGCCCUGAGCACCUCUCCCUUCCAUGGUGUGGUUAUGUCCAUGUGGUGAGUGCUGUCAGAGUGGGGAGAGGACCCAGGGAACAGCUGCUCAUUCCUGCCUCAAGCUCAUGAUUUCUUUCUUCCCUACAGAACCAAUCACUGGGGAAGGCAGAGCCUCCCUGGCAUUGCUGGGACCCUGCCUCGAAGAGCCCCUCCUGUCCCGUAGUCUGUCUUCUUGGUUAAUGACUUGGGCUGUCCGACCAGUCCCACUUCUGUGCCUUGUCUGAGGUCCUUGUCCAUCCCUGAGAUUGGGCAGCUUCUCUCUCUGGGUUGGGUCACUUUAAGCGGGAAACUGAAGCCAUUACUCUCCAAACCCUGUUUCAUCUUCCCAAGUAUGUCAGAAAGCUGGCAGCAGCCGCCACAGACACAGCCGCAGCAGCCGCAGCCACCGCAGCCACAGCACCAUGCAGAGCCACCGCCAGCCCUGGCGGAACACACUCUGCCCCCAGGCACAGCUGAGAACCCACUGGGCUGUGCCGUCUAUGGCAUCCUCCUACAGCCAGAUCCAGGCCUACAGCCCCCACAACAUGCACCUCUGCAGGCAGCUGGUGAGCCAGGCCCCAAAUGCGGUGUGUGUGGUCACGAUCUGGCACACCUGUCCAGCCCACACGAGCACCAGUGCCUGGCAGGCCAUGACCGCUCAUUCCAGUGUACCCAGUGUCUCAAGAUCUUCCACCAGGCUACUGACCUGCUGGAGCACCAGUGCGUGCAGGCUGAGCAGAAGCCUUUUGUCUGUGGCGUCUGCAAGAUGGGCUUCUCACUGCUCACCUCGCUGGCUCAGCACCACAGUGCCCACACUGGCCUGGUGAAGUGUUCCAUCUGUGAGAAGACCUACAAGCCCACCGAGGCAACCGAGCCUUCGACCACUGCCGCCCCAUCACUUCCUGCAGCACCCCCGCCAUCUGCUGUCCCCCCAGCAGAACAGGCCGAUAAGCCCUACAGCUGCCCCAUCUGCCAGAAGCCCUUCAAGCACCUGUCGGAGCUCUCCCGGCAUGAGCGGAUCCACACAGGCGAGAAGCCGUACAAGUGCACACUGUGCGACAAGAGCUUCAGCCAGUCUUCCCACCUGGUGCACCACAAGCGCACGCACAGCUCCGAGCGGCCUUACAAGUGCGCUGUCUGCGAGAAGACCUUCAAGCACCGCUCUCACCUGGUGCGCCACAUGUACGCGCACUCGGGCGAACACCACCUAUUCCGCUGCAAUGUGUGCGAGCUGCAUUUCAAGGAGUCGUCAGAGCUGCUGCAGCACCCCUGCACGCCGAGCGGGGAGCGGCCCUUCCGCUGCGGCGAGUGUCAGAAGGCCUUCAAGCGGCCGUCGGACUUGCGGCAGCACGAGCGCACCCACAGUGCGGAGCGGCCCUUCAAGUGUGACCUGUGUCCCAUGGGCUUCAAGCAGCAGUACGCGCUCAUGCGGCACCGGCGCACGCACAAGACCGAGGAGCCCUUUAAGUGUGGGCUGUGCGAGAAGGGCUUUGGGCAGCCCAGCCACCUGCUCUACCACCAGCACGUGCACACCCUUGAGACUCUCUUCAAGUGCCCCGUGUGCCAGAAGGGCUUUGACCAGUCGGCUGAGCUGCUGCGGCACAAGUGCCUGCCAGGCGCAGCGGAGAGGCCCUUCAAGUGCCCAGUGUGCAAUAAGGCCUACAAGCGGGCCUCGGCCCUGCAGAAGCAUCAGCUGGCCCACUGCUCAGCAGCGGAGAAACCCCUUCGCUGCACCAUGUGCGAGCGCCGCUUCUUCUCCUCCUCCGAGUUUGUGCAGCACCGUUGCGACCCAGCCCGUGAGAAGCCGCUCAAGUGCCCGGACUGCGAGAAACGCUUCAAGUACGCGUCAGACCUGCAGCGGCACCGGCGGGUACACACCGGAGAGAAGCCCUACAAGUGCCCCAACUGUGACAAAGCCUUCAAGCAGCGGGAGCAUCUCAACAAGCACCAGGGCGUGCACGCCCGCGAGCAGCAGUUCAAGUGCGUGUGGUGUGGGGAGCGCUUCCUGGACGUGGCCCUGUUGCAAGAGCACAGCGCGCAGCACAGUGCUGCAGCUGCAGCCGCUGAGGGUGCCUACCAGGUAGCCGCCUGCCUGCCCUGAGUCGACGCUCUGGGCCCAUCAGGCCCAGCCCAGCCCAGGCAGCCCCCAGCCCAGAUCUAUGUUCUGAGGCCCUGAGGGUGAGGUCAGAAGGGGACUAGGCAGGUGGAGGAUGUGGGCACUCAGCACUCCAGGCACCAGCCUGGCAGUGGGGGAGCCAGAUUGCUGUGGUCAGUCCUCAUCCCAUAAAUCUCUUGCCCAUUGCAGGAUUCGCUUUUUUGAGAGCCGUCAGUCUCCCUUAUAUCUGCAGGAUUGGAACCAGGCUGGAAGUCAAGUACCCUCUCCCUGCCCCAAGGAUGGGAGAUACCAGCCCAACCUUCCCAAAUCUUUCAGCCUAAUUAGAACUCAGACAGGUUAGGAAAAAGGAUGGUCCUGGAACCCAGAGGUAGGGCAUCAAGUUGAUGUUCUGGGGAGGUCAGCUUUGUGAUGUAGUAUUGGGGACCAGAAUGGGUCCAGCCAGGGGCAGUAUGACCCCCAAGGUUUCUAACAGGCAAAAUGUGCAGAAUCUUUGGGCUGAGUCUGCCUAGAGGCCAGUGGGCCCAGCCAGAAGGGAGAAGCAGAGAGGUUUCUGUGAUACCUCAGCCAAGGGACAGUGCCAUCAUGGGGAGAGGAAAGAUAGCCUGUUUGUGCAGAGGGCUA